UAAAAAUAAUAACAUUGAUAUUAUUUAAAAUGAUAAUAAGGAGAAAUGUAAAAGUUUACAAUUUAACUUUAAACAGUAGGUUCAAAUCGAGCACAACUCGUAUAUUUACAGAAAAUUUAGCAGCACCGGCUUACAAACCAGAAGUUGUGGAAGCAAAUAAAUACGAUGAAUGGGAAAGUAGAGGACUUUUUACUGCAAAGAAUUCAAGCCAAGAACCGGUGUUCAGCGUUGUUCUGCCACCGCCAAAUGUUACAGGAAAACUUCAUUUAGGCCAUGCCUUAUCCUGUACUAUACAAGAUGUGAUUGUAAGACGAAAAAGAUCAUUAGGUCACAAUGUACUAUGGCUUCCUGGUACUGACCAUGCAGGGAUUGCCACACAGGGUGUAGUUGAGAAUUAUUUAAAAAGCAAACAAAAUGUCACAAGACAUGAAAUUGGCCGGGAAAAAUUCAACACAGAAGUAUGGAAAUGGAAGGAGAAACAUGGCAACACAAUAUGCAAUCAAUUACGUACCUUAGGCUGCUCCUUGGAUUGGUCUCGACAAGUUUUCACAAUGGAUCAAAAUCAUUCACACGCGGUAAACACUGCCUUUAUACAAUUAUUUGAACGAGGCCUUAUUUACCGAAAGAAGGCAUUAGUUAAUUGGUGUAAUGCUUUAAAAUCCACUGUUUCUGAUAUUGAAGUAGAAAACAAACUUAUUAGUACUCCAACAGAUAUAAAGUUACCAGGUUACAAAAACUUGGUAAAGUUUGGUUUAAUGUACAACUUUGCGUAUAAAAUAUAUGAUAGUGAUGAAGAAGUUAUUGUGUCUACAACUACACCGGAAACAAUGUUAGGUGAUACAGCGAUUGCUGUACAUCCUAAUGAUUCAAGGUAUAAACACUUACAAGGAAAAAGAGUAGUACAUCCGUUUAGAAACGAUACCAUUCCUGUCAUUUUUGAUGAGAUGGUCGACACUAAACUCGGUACAGGAGCUGUCAAAAUAACUCCCGCGCAUAGUAAAAUAGACAACGAAGUCGCCAAACGACAUCGUCUACCUUCCAUACAAGUUAUAAACGAAGAUGGUUUGAUGCAGACAUGCCAAUUGUUUGAUCAAAUGAAACGCUACGAUUGCAGACAAAAGUUGGUCGAACAUUUAGAUGGAAUGGGACUUUUAAAAUCCAUACAUCCACAUCAAAUGACAUUACCAAUGUGCAGUCGAACUGGCGAUGUAUUAGAACAUUUACCAAAAGAACAAUGGUUCUUAUCUUGUAGGAAAUUGAAUAAAGCUGCGUCAAGCGCUGUAAUUAAUGGUCAAUUAAAAAUAAAUCCCGAUAAAUAUAUAAAAAACUGGAUAAACUGGACAGAAGAUGAACGUGAUUGGUGUAUAUCUAGACAACUUUGGUGGGGACAUCAAAUACCAGCUUACAAAUGUAGCGUUGAUAAAGAUGUAAUAUGGAUUGCAGCGACUGAUGAAAUUUUAGCGAAAAUACAAGCAUCAAAAUAUCUUAGAACUGCACCUGAAGAUAUAAAUAUUGUAAGAGAUACUGAUGUUCUUGAUACUUGGUUUUCAUCUGGAAUUUAUCCAUUCGCUGCAUUAGGAUGGCCUGAAACCUACAACAGUAUUGAUUAUAAACAUUUCUAUCCUCUAAAUUUAAUGGUAACUGGUCAUGAUAUCUUAGGUUUCUGGGUGCACAGAAUGGUUAUGCUAGGUAUAGAAUUAACAGGGAAAUUACCGUUUAAUAAUAUUUUACUUCACGGAGUAAUUUGUGAUAAUAAAGGUGCUAAAAUGUCAAAAAGCAAAGGCAAUGUGAUAGAUCCGAUCGAUGUUAUCAACGGUAUUUCUUUAGAAAAUCUUAAGAUCAAAGCAGAAGAGAUGUAUAAAGAUGGAGUACUUAAUAAAGAAGAAUUAUAUAAAGCAAUAAAUUAUCAUAAAACGAAUUAUUCUAAUACAAAGGGUAUACCAGAAUGUGGCGUUGAUGCUUUAAGAUUGACAUUAUUGUCACAGGAUAUAAAAUCUCAUUUCGUUAACUUCGACGUACAUCAAUGUCAUGCAAAUAAAUUAUUCUGCAAUAAAAUCUGGCAAAGCAUCAAAUACAUGCAAUUAUCAUUCGAUAAACUUAGACCGAUCGAAGGAAUAACACGAAACGAUUUAACAUAUUUCGAUAAAUGGAUUUUAAGCCGACUUGCGGAAAUGGUUGACAAAGUCAAUAAAGCUAUUGAUGAAUAUGAUUUUCAUUUAGCAACUAAAGCUAUCAAAACAUUGAUUUAUAGUGAAUUUUGCGAUGUAUACCUUGAAGCAACUAAACCGGGAUUUGAUAACGAAGAUGAAGCAAUAGGAUACGCUCAUGCACACACACUCUCCGCUGUAUUAAACACUUCAUUGAGAUGUCUAGCACCAAUAAUGAUCUAUAUUACUGAAGAGUUAAUACCAAAAAUACCUGAUUUCGAAAAUAAUAUAAUUCACAACUUCAACGAUAAAAAUAAACUUUAUUUCGACUACCCACAGACAAAAGAUUUUGAAAUAUGGAAGAAUAAAGAUUUAGAAAAUCAAGUUACAAGAUUAUUGAAUGUUACAAGUCUUGUUAGAGAAUUGAAAGGAAUGUAUAACAUUUCAAAUAAAAUAAAAACAUCGAUAUAUGUUAAAACUAACGACGAUGUAUUAAUGUUAGAUCUUGAUAAUAAUGAAAACAUAGUACUGCAUCUAACAAAAUGUGGGUAUUUGAAAAUAAAUGUAGAUGAUUGUAAAUAUUCUGUUUCUACCUUACUUGAUAAAGAUACUGAAAUUAAAUUAGCUAUAGAUGACGAAAACGCAUUUAAUAUUAUAGAAGCAGCUAAAGAAAAACUAAGAAAUAAAAUUAAAAAACUUGAAGAUAAUUUAAAUAAAUUGGAAGCUAAAUUUUCAACUAAACAUUACAUAACAUCAGUGCCUGAAGUUACAAAAGCUUUAGAUAAAGAGAAAUUACUUGUAAAAAAGGAAGAAAUAAAGCAACUACAAAGAUUGAUUUAAACGCUACGGAUAUACGCUACUUCAAAGCUACGAACUUGCAAGGCAAGUACACUUUAGUAUAUAAAAUUGAUUUAAUGAUUACCAUUAUUUUAGUAUAAGCAUACAAAGUUAUUUAUA